AGCAUUCAAAGCGCCGCGAGGUUCGCACGCGGUGAUACAAGCUCGCGCAUUUGUAACGCAGUGAAAGUCGCACGCGCAGUUUACGCUACGAAUUCGUACGCCGACAUCUUCGUCUAGUUAUUUUGUUUGUCCGUUGCGCCAGUGCAGCGGGGAAAGGAGGUCGGUGCGUGGCCGCAACCCAGACUCAACGAUAAAACUAAAUAUUACUUUGCUUAUCGCAAUGUUCGAAGCUGUGAUAAAGUAUUUUUUAUCAAUGGAGCUAAUAAAAUAGGCCCUUAAAAAGUAUUGUGCAAGUGACUGAGUGCAACUACAGUGGCAGUGAGUGACGAUGAGUGCUAGCGAGCCAACCUUAACCGAAUCGCCGGUGCCGCUCGCUCUGGCGCGGCUGCAGGGCCGGCCAGGGCGGAUGGCGCGCGGAAUGCGCACGCACCGUCCCAGCUUGCCACUGGCGAGUUUACAGGAAGCUAUAGAUGAGACUCCGCGACGCUUCAGCGAGGAACCUUACGCGCCGGACACAGACGACGAGGAAGCGUUCACCGACCCCGUGGUGGUCAUCAAACGUUCUCCAUCGUCUUCUAAUGGGCGUAGAGCUUCUGAUGCUACAUUUGCUGAACGAUAUAGAAAGCUGACCGAAUUUGAUGGUCCACCGCUCGAUACACCUCGCCGAGCCUCUCUGGCCGUUCCCGUCGGAGCGGACGGUUACGGACCUAGUGAUAAAGGCCGCCGGCGCUCGUGGGCAGCGCGACUGCAGUUAGAACGUAAAAAGAGACGAAAAUCCGGUGGCAACGACACCGACGAAGAGAGUGAUACUCCAACUUACAUCCGUCAAAAGAGACCUUCUUGGUGGAAUGUCUUCGUUCCGGAUAACAUGCUGAAACACAGGUCUAGGCGCGCUUCGCAGCAGCUGUCCAGGAGCGCCGAGAGCAUCGACCAGGCAUACAAAAGGUCGAAAAGUCGCUCAGUUGACCAUGGCUUCGCUGCCCCUUUUGACCUGGAGUCUCUUCGUUCCAAAGUGGAGGGGAGAUUUGACGCUGUUAACAGAGAUGAUGACGAGCAAAUCAAGAGGCUUCCUCCACCACCACCGAUUAAAACUACGACGUAUACGGUCCGUGAUCGCGACACACUGACGUCGCUGGCCGCCCGCUUCGAUACGACGCCCUCGGAGCUCACGAAGCUCAACCGACUCGCCACGCAGUUCAUCUUCCCCGGGCAGACGCUGCUCGUGCCCGACAAGAGGAAAGAUGGCGAUAAGGACUCUGAUGGCCCGUCCGAGAGCGGCGAUAACACGUCCGAAUCGACACAAGGUGCUCCAAGUGAGCCGGCACAAGAAAAAGAGAUCCUGGACAGUCUUCGGCCCGUGUCGCCCGAGGCGCCGACCAGCAGCAGCGCUCCUCAGCGCUUCUUGAAGAUCAAUGUGCGACACAUUACUGAUGGACAGGGCGUGGUGUCCGGAGUGCUCCUCGUAACUCCCAACGCCGUGAUGUUCGACCCGAACGUGUCGGACACGCUGGUGAUGGAGCACGGGCCGGAGUCGUACGGCGUGAUCGCGCCCAUGGAGUACGUGGUCAACGCCGCCAUCUUCUACGACAUCGCGCACAUGCGCACGCACGGACCGGACCACAACGCACACAAAGCGGAGCAAGCUGAAAUCUACUAUAUGAAUAAGUCGGAACAUUCGCCCGGCAAGGAUUCACUUCUAGUCAAAGACGAGACGUUCCCCGAGCUGCAGGCGGCGGGCGGCGCGGGCGCGGGGGACGCGGGCGCGGACGGCGAGCGCCCCGCCUCGCUCGACGCGGAGGAGCGCGGCGGCGCCGCCUUCCCCAAGGCCUUCGACCGCGACCUCGUCACCCCCACCCCGCUGCAGCAGCUGACCACUGAGGAGAGGCGAAAGUCGUUGCUGGACCACCACUGGGCGAUUCCGAGCAAGGAUAGAAUGUCUAUCGACCAAGGAAGUGAGGUAUCAUCAAGUGCAGAUCACGGCAAGGAGGAGAGCCUUGAGGCUUCCAUCGCUGAAGGGUCCGAGGCGGAGCGCUCGGGGAGCGUGGCGGAGGGGGCGGAGGGUGAGGUGGAGGAGCCCCGGGGAGACGCCGCACAUCUCGUGAAGCUCUCCUAUCACGACUCUGGCAUCGACAUACGUGACCCGCUGCUGCACGUCAACACGGCUAAUUCGAAGAAGGUAUACAGUGACGCAGACAUAGUGUUGUCGGCUGAUUGGGUUCCUCCCGUAUGCCUGCCUCGUACCGAGCCUCCUCUGUCCGCUCCACCGCUGGGAGAGAACGAGAGAGCACCGCGCAAACCUGCAGCUGUCUCUUUCUCACUCGAUGGCACUCAGAAGGAAGAUCCCGGAAAACCGGAUAAGAAGAAUAAGAUGCUUAAACGUCUGUCAUACCCACUGUCGUGGGUAGAAGGGCUCACAGGGGAGGCUCCGCAGGGCUCUCAGAGCGACUCGCUGCCUUCCUCCGCAGACACACAGAACUCUACCUCUGUCUUUUCUAAAGUCUUCAACAGCUCACCAAUGAACCUAGUGGAGUUCGGUACUGGUUUGUUCCUGAGUAAAACCCCUUCGGAGGAGGCGCCAGGUGACGUCCUGUCUGGACGUAGCUCGCUGGGCGGUUUCGGUCGCUCCCAGACCAAGCCGAGUAGCGCCACCCAACCCCGGCUCGACUAUCGCAGCAUGGUGUCAGUGGACGACAUGCCCGAUCUAUUCGCCUCGUUCGAUAAGUUGAUCCCGCGGCCGGCGCGGCCUAGCGACGACCCGCCGCUGUACCUGCGCCUGCGCAUGGGCAAGCCGGCCGGCCGCCCGCUGCCUCGCUCCACGCCGCUCAUGUCGUACGGCCGCAAGCGCAUGAAGCCCGAGUACUGGUUCGGCAUACCCAGGAACAGGGUGGACGACCUGUUCAAGUUCCUGACGCACUGGGUGCCCGAGCGGUACGGGCCGCUGCGCGACGUGGCGGCGCACGGCUACGAGCUCAUCGACAGCGACACCGAGUGGGACGACGACGACGCCAAGCCCGGACAGAAGGAACGCUCCGGAAGCACUGGGGACGUCUCAGACAUUACAAGAGAAUCGUGGGAGCUGCUGAAGGCGCCGUAUGUGAAAAUAUAUUCUAUAAUGAAGAGUCAGGCCGAAGCUCUGGGCGACUCUCUCGGCGAGGAGCCCCAGCCUGAGGUGUUGUCGAUGAGCGAUGAAUUGCGACGCGCUCUGUACUCGUCGGGCGCGUCGGUCGACAUGGAGUUCUCGCCACCCGACCUCAUCGGAACCUCGGAGAUAUUCACUAUGGAGCAUAGAGAGAAGUUAUGCGGCGUGUUGCCGGCCCGCGCGCAGGGCUACAUGUGGUCUCUCGCGUUCAGCACGAGCCAGCACGGCUUCUCGCUCGCCUCCAUGUACCGCAAGAUGCAGCGCGUCGACAGCCCCGUGCUGCUCGUCAUACAAGACACCGAUAACAACGUAUUCGGAGCGCUGACAUCCUGCGCCUUCAGGCCUUCCGAACACUUCUACGGCACGGGCGAGUCGCUGCUGUUCUCGUUCCAGCGCGUCGAGGAGCGCCGUCGCUCGCAGCCGUCGCCUGACGACGGCCAGAAGGAAGACAAGGAUGAGAUCAAGGACGACAAAGACGAUGAAACAGAAUCGAUCAAGACUAAAUUCAAGUAUUGGGGCUGGACCGGAGAUAACAUGUACUUCAUUCGCGGAAGUAAUGAUAACAUUUCUAUCGGCGCUGGAGACGGCAAGUUCGGGCUGUGGCUGGACGGCGACCUGUACCUGGGCCGCACGCAGCGCUGCACGACGUACGGCAACGAGCCGCUCACCACGCGCGAGGACUUCAUCGUCAAGAUCAUGGAGUGCUGGACCUUCAUCUGAGCGCCCGCAGCCGCCCCCUCCUUCGCAUCGAUAAGCUUUAGACUAUCUUAUGAAAUUUGCUACGAAGAUUUGACACUUUUACAAGUCAGUCUGUUCAACUUUGAUACGGUCGAGUCUGAUUAUUUUGUACUCGCGUCGACUCGAGCGGCCGUCGCGCAUUUCUAGUCAAACGUACUGAAACCCGACCAAUGUUUUCAUUCUCUGCGAAUUUAGAGGCGCGUUCGGAUCGACCUCCGGCGAGGGCGAGUGCAUAAAACCUAGUCAAUUGUCGUUCGAGUGUUCGCGAGGUCCGCGAGGCCCGCGAAGGCUGUCCGAUAACGAUUACGUGUCAAUUCAAUUAUUACUGUGCAUUGUUGUUAAGGAAAUUUAAAAUCAAUGUUACGUAGAGAUUUAUAUUUAACGAAAGAAUUAUUGUCUUUAGCGACCCUCUAUUGGUGUUGCGCAAGCGUUUGUCGAUGUUGUUGUAACACCGACCGCGGAUGAAAUCAAACGUGCUGAUAAAGCUUGCCAAGAGCGUAGAUGGCAAUUGACGUACUAAUUAUAUAACCUGGUUUGGUGACACCAUCAGUAUAAAUAAUAUCAUUUACAGCUUUCAUUUAGUUUCAAAUAUUCGUUGUCAUGUAUUUUAGUCUUAAUUUUAAGUUAGUGAGCAUAAUUUAUAUUACUUUCACUGUGAUUUCAUUAAUAUGGUAGCAUUUUAUUGUCAUAUUGAAGUGUAAUUAUUAAUGACUAAUAUUGUAACUUUUAGUUGUAACUUGUAACCCAUUCGAUUACAAAUUUUAUUCAUGAUUAAAAUCACAAUAUUCCUUAGUAAGAAUGUACGUUAGGAGAGUACGUUCGAUAUAUUGCAGAUAUAUUUGUUAAAUAAACAAAACAUAAAUAUUUUACGAUGUAAUGCUUCAGUACAGAAAUGAGUAGCCGAUUCAAUAUAAAAUUAAUUAGUAAAAAUUAUAACAUAGCUAUCUUAGAGCUUGAUGAAUGUAAUCGUCAUUGUGCUUAGUAAUUGUGUCACUUAGCAUGAUGUUACUCAGAUUUUAUCUGGUCGUAUAAUGUUAUUUAUUAAUUAUAUUUUAGUAUAUUACGUGAUAAACAACGCCGGUCGCUGUUGAGAGCCGCUCGCGAACGUUGAGCGCAGGCCGGGCCGACCCCGACACAUGUGCAAUACCGCCGGCCGGCCCGGCUCAACGUGGGCGGGCGGGGCACUAGCCCGACGCUCCAUGAGAAGGCAUCCAAUGGCCAGUCCAUGUGCAUGAUAUUUGAUAAUAUAGAUCGAUAUAUUGCAGAGAAAUAUAACUUAUUGUCAUAAUUACUCGAUAAUAAAACAUACGUCUCAGUUACGACUACUUCUAGCUUGUAUCGUUUAGUUGCUAGGCAGAGCGUGUAUAGGUUGUUAUCGCAUUCAAAUUAUAGACGGUGUUUAAAUAAUCCUCGAUUUUCUUAUAAUAUAUGUACACGGUAUAAUUGCUAUAUGAGAUUACUAUCAGAUAUAUUUUUGUGAAUAAAUUCGCAAUGUAUUCAUGUAAUUGUCGACAGUAGAGACGAAGUAAAAGGUACCGUUAGCACGAACGUGUCGCGAGUGCAACUGUCUGUCCACGCAACGUAUAUUGUUAUCGUUUGUCAUCGGGAAGUUGUAGAAUUUUUCAGAUAAUAUUUAUUGGCGUAAUUUAAUAUUACGAAUAUAUUCACUAAUGACUUGUUGAGUAGCAGUGAGAUAUUUAAUAUUUAUUAAUUCUGUUGUAAUUUCAGUUAUUCGAUUGAUGCUGUAGCUGUAUUGAUUUCUGGUGAUAUAUUAUGUAAUUUUUAAGUUGUUAAAAUGUAAAUCAAGCCAUAAUAACAUGAGAAUAUAUUCUUUUGAUGAAAAUAAAA